AUGGGUCUCCUCGACAAGUUCAAGAACAAGGCAAAGGCUGCUACCAGCGGCGGCGGCGGUGGCGGCGCCCAGCAGCAGCAGCAGCACUUCGCCAACGCCCCGCCUUCCGCCCCGCUCGACCAGUCCAUGAACCGGUAUCGCUUCCAGAGGGGUCUGAACCUGGGCUCGUGGUUCACCACUGAGGACUGGCUCUCGACGCAGCUGUACUCGCACGCUGCGGACCCGAAGAAGAGUGACUUUGACCUCGCCCGUGCCAACGAUGCCAAGGCGCUGAUGGAGCACCACUGGGAUACGUGGGUCACGGAGGACGACUGGAACUGGAUCAAGCAGCGCGGAUUCAACAGCGUUCGACUUCCGAUCGGAUACUACCACCUCGCCGGCCCCUGUCCCGAAGCGCUGAAGAACACGGACUAUGAGAAGUACGCCUCCGUGUACACCGGCGCCUGGGACCGUAUCCAGGCCGCGAUCCAGAAGGCCGGCUCGAUGGGUCUCGGCGUCCUCGUCGACUUCCACGCUGCGCCUGGAGCGCAGAACACUGAUGCGCACUCUGGUCUCUCCAACGGCGAGGUCAACUUCUGGAAGAGCAAGAACCAGAAGGCUGCCUCGAUCGCGCUCAAGUUCCUCGCCAGCCAGCUGGCGAACAAUCCCGCCGUUAUCGGUCUCGAGCUCCUGAACGAGCCGAAGGACAACCAGGGCCUGCGAGACUGGUACGACCGGGAGCUGAACGAGUUGCGCCCGAUCACCGGCCCCGACUUCCCCAUGUACGUCUCGGAUGCGUGGCAGACCGACUUCUACGCCGGGUACGUCGGCGGGCGGGGCGACUUUGUGGUGAUGGACCACCACCUCUACCGCUGCUUCACGCAGGAGGACAAGUGCCUGACCGGGUGCCAGCACGCGGACAAGCUGCAGCACGACCAGGGCCAGCUCGCGCACUGGUCCCAGCAGUGCCACAACCAGUGGGUCGUGGGCGAGUGGAGCGCGGGGCUCGACGACAGCUGCUGCCAGGGCAUGCCUGAUGGGGAGAAGGACGCAAACAAGCGCGCCUUCGUCAAGGCCCAGCUCGACUGUUUCGACAAGCACACUGCCGGAUACUUCUUCUGGACGCUCAAGACCGACCGGCCCUGGGACGCGGGGUGGAGCGCGCAGAACGCGGCACAGGCAGAGAUCCUCCCUGCAAGCGUGCAGAAGCAACUCCGCACGCCCGAUCAGGGGGCGCGCGAUGGCGCGUGUCACCAGGCAACGGACGCGCACGUCAACUACUGGCGCCAGAACAACGGCAACCCGCAACCGCAGCUGUUCUCUGACGGCUUCAUGCGAGGUUGGGACGACGCAGUCCGCUUCAUCAGCCAAGGCGAUGUGCUCGGGUUCUGGUGGGCGUGGUCGCGCCGCCGGGCGCAGGAGGUCGGCGUCGCAGGCCAGCCGGAAGCGUGGCAGUGGGACCAGGGCUUCGAGCAGGGCGUCAAGGCGGCCAACGGGGCGGCUGGGUUCUACCAGUAG